AUGGCUGUUCUUUCUCACUCCAGCCUGAGCGCCCUUUUGGCAGCAAUCCUCUCCUUCGUCUUACUAUUCAGUAGUCCUGUUGCUAUGGCGGAGUCCAAUCGAGAAGUGCAAACCAUAGCGCCACCAAAGCAUUAUGGCAUGCUCCUGUUUCAGGCCUUCGAGACGUUGGACGUAUUCGGCCCGCUCGAUGCUCUCCAAAUAUUGUCGCGAAAUCACACGAUGAAUCUUUCUCUCAUAUCGAGCUCGAAUACUCUUGAUCCAGUAACCACUCGGCCUCGAGCUCCGGGCAUGAACCCGAGGAACUCGAGUUUCUCCCAAAGCGUCCUUCCGACUCACACGAUAAAAGACGCCCCAGACCUGGACGUUCUCAUAAUUCCUGGCGGUCUCGGAACCAGAGCGCCGGAUUUGAACGCAAUGAUUGACUACAUCAGAACAACCUAUCCAAAACUGCAAUAUCUUAUCACAGUGUGCACGGGUACUGGCCUAGUAGCUCAAGCUGGUAUACUUAACGGCAGAAGAGCGACGACCAACAAGAGUUCCUGGGCAAGUACCGUCGCGCUUGGUCCUAAGGUCAAAUGGCAAGGCCAUGCACGGUGGACUGUCGAUGGGAAUAUCUGGACAUCUUCGGGUAUCAGUGCUGGCAUUGACGUGACAUUUGCCUUCAUCCAACAUGUCUAUGGAGACGAUGAAGCUACUGAUAUUGCAAACCUGAUGGAGUAUGAAAGGCAUCAGGAUCCCAAAUGGGAUCCGUUCGCCGGUAUUUUCAACGUCACUCCGCCAUGA